AUGUCAUCACAGGGUUUAUUGGAUGGAGCAGCCUCUGAGCUGUUCAACACUUAUGAGACGGACUACCAAGUUGCUCAUAACGAAGCAGAACAAAAGCUAUCACAAAUCUCGGACCUCGAUGGUGAACCUCGUAGAGAGGCGAUGAAAGCCGUCGAGAAGUCCACUGAUGAGUGUAUUGAAAUCCUUGAUCAACUAGCCAUUGAAGUACAAAACGUCCAGUCCGGUGCCAGAUCAGCGUACAACGCAAAGAUCAGAUCUUACCGUUCAGAUGUGGAUAAGCUCAAGAAGGGACUCAAGAAAUUACAGGACGAUGAGGAUAGAAGACAACUACUGGGCUCAAACAACUACUCAAAAGAUCAACAACGUUCACAACUCUUACAGUCCAACGCUGCACUUGAGAGAACUUCGGAGCGUCUUAGGGAGAGCUCCAGAAUUGCAGCAGAGACAGAGCAAAUAGGCUCAAACAUCAUGCUGGACUUGAGAGGACAGAGAGAACAGCUUCAAAACUCCAGACAGACCUUGUUCGAGGCAGAUGGAUAUGUCGAUAGAAGUAUCCAGACUCUAAAGUCCAUGACUAGAAGAGCUGCUGCAAACAAGAUAAUAUCCUACGCAAUUAUUGCAGUGUUGAUCCUCCUGAUCCUAUUAGUUAUUGCUAGUAAAUUCUGGUGAUGUUAUUUGGAGUCACAAUUAUGUGUGUAAGCUAAUGUGUAGUUAAGGGGACAUCUAUGUGUUUUGUACUUAUAAGCC